AUGUCUGGGUUCGAUGCAGCCAAGAUGCUGUCGGGUUCUGAUCAACAAUCAAAAUUUCGAAUUCUGGACUUGAGUGAACAAUCAGAAUUCAAUUUUACACUUGAUGUUCUUGAUCAAAAGCAAACAUUUUCUACACCACUUCUUGGUCAAGUGACCGACAUCAGUCUUCGUCGUGAAGUUGACUGUGAAGAUAUAUCCUAUUCAUUCGAAAAAUUCUAUGAAAGUCAUUUUCGCUCCUAUUCUUUUGGUGGAGGUAUUGCUGUGCCUGGCUAUGCUAGUCUUGCUGUUCAAUAUAGUGAAACAUUAAGACGAGCUCAAGAAGCGAUUACAAAAAAUAAUCAGGCAAUUGGUACAUCAACUUUAUGGUGGGGUCUGUAUUCAAUACAACUGGCACCCGCAUUUCAACUCAAUGCUUGGCAACUAAAGGCGGGAAAUCAUCCAGUCGUAGUUAAUCGAACUCUCACACACCUUGCCGAGCUCGUUGCUUCCAACAAACAAAUCCAAGUACAUCUUCGUGAAACUAUCGAUUAUUAUCUUGCCAAUGGUAAAUUACCUACUUUGGCUCAAAUUCAAUCAAAAGCAGCAGCUGCUCCUCUUUUUUCCACUGAUCGCACACCAGUUGGUCCUCUAGCUGGUCUCGACGUUGUCGGCUGCGGAUUUGAUGUUCUUUUACUUGAAAGUAAAUUAUGUAUCUUAGAUCGGACAAAUACAAGUGAAGGUGAGCUUUGGUCUGAUCCCUACAACGAUACGAUCAGUUAUUCUCUGCCAAAUGGUUUCUUUGCCACCAAUACUCCAGAAAAACUUCUUGUUGACAUUACCGUACUGGUUACAUCAAUUCAAGAUUAUUUUCGUUUGACGAGCUCGACAACUUCGAGUAGUAGUGGCGGCUUUUUUGGCGUGGGCCGCAAGCAUAAGGAAACGACCGUCACCAAUUUCUAUCGAAGAUUCUAUCAUGAUUAUUAUAAUCUGGCAUUACGCUUGAUACAAAUUGGUUGGUAUAAACUUUCAGCUAGUACAUUUCCUUAUCCUCGACUUACACCACUUGCUCAACGUGCAAUAGAUCAGUUGCCAUCGAUAUUCAACCAAAAUGACACCAAUAUAUGGAAACAGUUCUUUGAUUCGUAUGGUACACAUCUUGUUGAAUCCUCGAACAUGGGUGGUCUUGUAUGGGCUGAAACAUGGUAUGAAAAGUGUUUGACUUACGAACAUACAGAGACUUGGAUUGACGAACAAGUAUCACGUAGUUUUGUUGUUUUUAAUACUCAUUCUAGUUCACAAGAUCAUAUGCUUGAAAUAGACGAAAAGUUUAAACAAUUUUCCAUAUUUUCCUCUCAACUUCUCGGUGGAACCGAGUCUGUUGAUCCAACAAAAUGGAAAGAAUGGGAAUCCACGAUCAAAUUUAAUCCGAGACCGAUCUCCUACCAACUGGUCACACUCGAUAAACUGUUACCCGAAGGCAAAAAACGCACAGCACUCAGUGAAGCAAUCAAGUAUUAUUUAGGAGAGGCCGUGGAUGAAGAUCGCACAUACAUUGAUAAACUUGAAGCAGAUCGUGAUCCAUUACCUCCUACAAAAUGCAGUCGAAAUCAAGUGAAUAACACGAGAGAUGCCGUCACUAUUCAUCAUAAUACAGCUCGCAACAUCGAGGAAGCACAAGAGGAACUAUGUCUCUACGUGGGAUAUAAGGGUAAGAUUUGCUCUCAGAGUAAACAGAUAAAUGAUACAACAAAUCAAGGAAACGAUAAGCUUUACCUUGGUGUUGGCAUGACCCUCGACAUAACAACGGGUGAGCUUCUGCUUCCAGCCCUGGAAUAUACGUAUUCGAAUAUCACAAACUGGAAAGAUCCUCUCACAGGUCGUGUGUAUCUCGUGCCUAAAGAAGUGAGCUUACCAUCAAUCAAUGACAGCGAUUCAGUUCCUGUGGCACAUGUCUUUCUAACUGCGGCCGAAUUAUCAAGCAAAUGGCGCUACGAUCGAUUACAAGGUGCCUGGCUAGGUGGUGAAUUCGGUCAUUCACAAUCUCUGUUAGACAUAUACAAAAAAUACUUUUCGUCUGAUGAAUCUAUUGCCAUCACUCAACAACCGACUAUCCUCUAUCGAAUGCGUGUUGAAAAUUUUCAAUUAAAUGCUAACGCGCGUGCAGCAAUAAGUGCACUUCCUCCAACUUACAAUGAAUCCCUUUAUUCGGACUUUCUCCGUGCUUGGGGAACUCAUAUUAUUCAGCAGUCACUAGUUGGUGGCAUGCAUGAGCAACACGUACUGUUCAAAGACUGUGUAUUCUCCUUUAAUGGUGCCAUCACUUCAGCGAAUCUUGACGAGUAUCUCAAACAGGAUAUUCUCGCUCAAACCCUCGGAAAUGAUUUUUACGCGAAUCGACGUCAGAUCAAAGUGGAUCAUUUACUUGGUGGUGACCCAACUUUGACUAAUUAUACUCUAUGGCGUAAAAGUCUCGGUGCUAAUCCUGCAUUACUCAAAAUCGAACACUACACACCGUGGUAUGAAGUUGGGAUGCUCAGUACUGCUGUGAAAGAAAAUCUUCGUCGAAUUAUUCAACGUCGAACAAGCGAAGCUGAUUUUACUCGUACGCUUGACGAAGUUACAUUGAAUAAAAAGCUUCUUAACCAGAAUCUAGAAGAGAAGAAAGCCUAUAUUGGACUAUUAAAUGACGGCACAUGUUCCAUUUCAGGUCCGAUAAUGCUGGGAUCAGUCACAAAAUGUAUCAAUGGAUGUGCAACACCAAUAUCAAUUAAUUCAACGGCAGACUUCAUGGAGAAUCGACCACUAGAAUAUUUUCGCGAUUCAGAGACAGGUUUUGUACGUGCACAUCUUCGAAUUAACUCCCAAACAACUCUUGACGGACCACGUAUUCAUAUCGGCUGUUCGUCAAUUAGUACACCAAUGCUGGUUAGUCAAUCGGUGCAUAUCUGUGUCAAAUGUGAAUUGAUCAACAGUUUUGCUGAUCAAUGUACAUGUGUAUGUCCACAGUAUCCUCCACCUAUCAAUACAACGGUUACUACUCCGACAUAA